CUACUUUCGGUCUAUUGGAAGCUAUGGAAAACAGGACAACACUGCAACAGGUCAAAAGAUGGGUAGAUUCCAAGUUGAGUUACAUAGAAAUAUUGCAGGAAGAAGUUAAGAAGAGUCAACUAAAGUGCCAAGACCACAAAUCGGAGGACGACAAAGAGGAUGCAGCUGCAGCGUCUCAAAUGACAAACCCCCUAAAGCAAAGCCGCUUCCCAUCCAAUAUUCUUUAUUCCAUUCCCAAAGCUCUCAUCGUCUCAUCGAACCUCGGAGGGCGGCCCAUCUCACUGGAAAUGGCAGUGGGACUACGGAGGAUGUUAUUUGGAAGCACAUAUCAAGUCUUCAGCUAUGAAUGGAAAAGAGCAUAUUUCAAAUUCCACGAGCCUUAUACUGAUUUGGCCUACGCACUGGAGACAGAUAAGGGAGGAGCAGUAGCUGUUCAGAUGGCUGUUCAAGUGAACAUCAUUAAAUACUUGUUGUUUGUACAAAAUAAAGAAGAAAAUAUGCGUCUGCAAAGUUUAUGUGAAAUAAGCCAAAAAGAACAAGAAAAGGCCCUUGCAGCAGCCUUGGCUGAUAUUCUGUGGGUAGCAGGAGAAGGCCAGAAAGCUACUGUCUGCCUUGUCACCAGUGAUACUUAUUUUACUCCCAGUAUAGACUACAAAGCUGAUCACUUUACUGAAAAAGUUCAGCUGUUUGACUUUUUUGAGAAGGAAACGGCUCAGCAGUUCCUCUGCGAUCACAUACACUGUCUAAACUGUGAAGGAAGUCAUGGAGUGAUUCUAUUUCUGUACAGCUUGCUUUUCUCAAGGACAUUUGAAAGGCUGCAAAAAGACCUUGACUGUACCACAACUCAUCUGUUGCAAUGCAGGAUUGGAAGCUUCAUCUGCAGACAAGCCAUUCUGAACAUCAUCUUAACAGGCAGAGCUUGUCCACACGUGUUUAAUGGGUUCCAGAAACUUGACGCUGAAGGCAAUGUGCAAAAGCAGCUGCAUGGUGUCUUGUCCCGCAGCGAGGUGGGCUAUUUACACUGGAGCAAGGAAGAAGUAGAACAUUACAGGUUCCCACAGGUUGGAAGCAUGCUGAAAACUCCUAAAUUGCCUGUUUGGUUGUGCAACAUCAGUGGAACAUACAGCGUCCUUUUCAGCACUAACAGGCUGCUCUUGUCCGACUGGAAAAUGGAACACCUCUUUGAUUUGUACUUUUAUAAUGGGCAGCCCUCGCAGAAGACAACAGUGCAUCUAACAGUAGACACCCAUUCUCAUCACUGGGAGGAAAAUCACCGUGAGGAGGAUGGCGAUGCGGAAAAGCGGUUCCCUUCUGUGGAGAUGGCCAUCCGAACGAAGUGGGAGGGUGCUGCUAUCAAUUGGAACGGUGUGGCCCCCUUCUUCUGA